AUAAAAUAAUUAAUAGUUUAAUUUUAUUAUUACAAAAAUUUAAUAAGUGGUACAUUGCUGUGUCCAACUAAGGCAAAAAGCCCCACAGACUCGAAACACAAUAAAUAAAAACGAACCAAACACACCAUAAUAAUAAUUUCCCACUAAUUCUUUUUCCCCCAACUAAUUUUUUUCCACCAUGCCAAACCCCAAACCCACUUUCUCACUCUUCUUCCUUCUUUCUCUCUCAUCUAUUCUCACUGUCCGAUCAGCCACUUUUCCGGCGGACAUCGCCGCCCUCCGCGCCUUCAAAUCCGCCGUGAAACCCGCAUCAAUUCCCGCCACCUCCUGCCUCGCCACCUGGAACUUCUCCGCCGAUCCAUGCGCCGUCCCCAGGAUCACCCACUUCACCUGCGGCGUCACCUGCUCCGGCGACCGAGUCGUUCAACUCACCCUCGACUCACAAGGCUACGCCGGAAAACUCACCCCGCUCAUCUCCAAGCUCACCCAGCUCAUCAACCUCGACAUCGGCGACAACAGUUUCUACGGCGCAAUCCCUUCUUCCAUUUCAUCUCUCCCCAAUCUUAAGAACCUGAUCCUCCGAGUCAACUCGUUCUCCGGCGCUCUUCCGCCGUCCAUCGCAUCCCUCAAGUCCCUCCAAACCCUCGAUCUUUCCCGGAACUCGCUCUCCGGCUCGUUGCCGAACCUGAACUCACUCGCCGGACUAACGAGGCUCGACCUGAGCUACAACAAACUCACCGGAUCACUCCCGAAGCUCCCACCGAACAUGAACGAGUUAGCUCUGAAGGCUAACUCGCUCUCAGGGCCCCUCACUCAGUCCUCGUUCGACGGGUUAACUCGUCUGAUGGUGGUGGAACUCAGCGAAAACUCGUUCACCGGAACGGUGGAACCCUGGCUCUUCCUCCUCCCUUCCCUACAGCAAGUUGACCUAGCGAAGAACGCCUUCACCGGCGUCUCCGUCUCCAAGCCGGCGCCGUCGCCGGCGAACCCCAACACCGAGCUGGUGGCGGUGGAUUUGAGCUACAACAAAAUAGAAGGGCUGCUCCCCGUAAACUUCGCGGAAUAUUCGAUGCUACGCUCACUGGCGUUGAGUUACAACAAGUUCCGGGGACCAAUCCCAUGGCAGUACAUGAGCAAGAAAGGAUCGUCUCUUCAAAGACUAUACCUCGACGGGAACUACCUGAACGGGUCUCCGCCGUCGGGAUUUUUCUCCGGCGAGGGGCCGAUCUCCGGCAGCCUGGGGGACAACUGCUUGCAGAGUUGCCCGGUUUCGUCGGAGCUUUGCUUGAAAUCACAGAAACCAGUUUCGAUUUGCCAGCAAGCGUAUGGUGGGAAACCAAAGUCUUGAUUGUGUCAGUCAAUUUGUCUGCGCUUUUGUUUUCUUCUUUUACUUUAUUUUUUAAAUAUUUAAUUUUUUUUUUUGUUAGGUAUUGUAACUUGUAAGUACAAAUGUUUAUUUAUUUAUUUAUUACAAAUGUAGCUGUUAGGACUAAGAUUUUAUGUAGUUUAUAGAUAUUAUUAAUGUUGUAACAAUAACAUCGUCCAAUAAAUGUUACAUCAGUUGAUAUUUUGCCGUC